UAAUAGGGAGCUUUGAGAGGGAAAAAAAACGCAAAAAUAAAAAAUCUAAUUUCCCUAAAACAUAUACUAGCGCCUAAUUACUAGUGCCUAAUUACUAGCCCCUUUGUCUCUGUUUUCCCACCACCAUGGCCGCCGCCGCCGCCACUGCCGCCGUGAACAAGCCCCAUAUAUCAUAACCGGUCGACAAACCCUUUUGCUCUCCAUCUCAAAAGCUGCUAUCUUUAGCCACUAAAACCCUCCCUAAACCCUACAACCACCACAGAACUCUCACCACUUGCGCCUCCAAAAACCCAUUAACCGACGUCGUUCAUUCGGGUCAACCCGACCCGGAUGGACAUUCAUUCGGGUCGUAUUUCGAUGCUGACGAUAAACCUCGGGAAGAGUGCGGCGUUGUGGGUAUAUAUGGCGACUCUGAAGCUUCUCGUCUUUGCUAUUUAGAACUUCAUGCUCUUCAACACCGUGGUCAAGAAGGCGCUGGAAUUGUAUGCGUUAAUGAUAACGUGCAUAAGUCGAUUACUGGUGUUGGGUUGGUUUCUGAUGUGUUUAGCGAGUCGAAACUUGAUCAAUUACCGGGUGAUUUGGCUAUUGGUCAUGUAAGGUAUUCUACUGCUGGUGCAUCUAUGUUGAAGAAUGUUCAACCUUUCGUUGCUAGUUAUAGAUUUGGGUCAGUUGGUGUUGCUCAUAAUGGGAAUUUAGUGAAUUAUAAACAACUUCGUGGUGAAUUGGAGGAGAAUGGGUCGAUAUUUAAUACGAGUUCUGAUACUGAAGUGGUUCUUCACCUUAUUGCUAUAUCGAAAGCAAGGCCUUUUCUUUUGAGGAUUGUUGAAGCUUGUGAAAAGAUUGAGGGUGCUUAUUCUAUGGUGUUUGGUACUGAGGAUAAGUUGGUUGCUGUUAGGGAUCCUUAUGGUUUUAGGCCAUUGGUUAUGGGUAGGAGAAGUAAUGGUGCUAUUGUUUUCGCCUCUGAGACAUGUGCUUUGGAUUUGAUUGAGGCUAAUUAUGAAAGGGAGGUACUUCCUGGUGAGGUUGUUGUGGUGGACAAAGGGGUUCAGUCUAUUUGUUUGAUGCCUCAUCCCGAACGUUCUGAGUGGUGUGGCAUUGCUGUCAUUUAAAGGUACAAGGGUUCCCAAGGACAAAGAACAUCCUUAUGGACAUGGUAAAUUUGAGACUCUUGGAGCUCUUGGAAUUUCUGGUGUGCUGUUGGCUACGGCUGGAGGUAUUGGAUGGCAUGCUUCAGAUGUUCUGCUGGUAUUGUGGUCUGCAGCACCUGAAGUUGUUAAUCAGUCUCAUCUGCACAUGCACGAGCAACAUCAUAGCGGACAUCACCAUGGAAUCGAUAUGGAUCAUCUUUUCCUUGCUUUGUAUGUGACUAUACUCUCUAUAGCUUUUAAAGAAGCGUAAGUGUCAUUUUUACCUUCGAUCAGAAAAAUUAAAAGAUGUUGGUCCGGAUUACAAAAAGAGCAGGAGAAAGGGUUGGCAGUGGGCUAAUGAAAGCCAAUGUUGAAAAAGCUAACCGCGCUGUUGAAGUAAAUGAAAUGUGGAAGUUAAGGCAGAAAGAGCUGGAGCUUGAAAACAGGCUCAACCGGAAGUCGGCAGAUAAGAAGAGUGAUACGUGUCAUAGUUUUAGCGUCUUGGAAAGGAGGUCACGUGAGAGAUGUGAUACUGAUUCAGGCACAAGUAGAUCAAAGAAAAGGGAGGUAGAAGAUUCUCAUUCAUGUGAAGAAGAAGGCUUGGGAGAUGCUGAAAUUGAGGAAUUUUUACAUUUGAGGAUUAAGCGGGCCAGGGGGACUGUUGGGUCACGGAUGGAUGAAGCUGGUCCUUACCUUCCUUCUAGUCCGGAUCCCAGAGAAAAAGAGUCAGCAAGUCCUAAUAUGAAACUAAGCAAAGUACACAGAUAUCAUGCCGUAAUUGGUCCAGAGAAGCCCGACUGGCUGAAUUCCACUGUUUCUUCAGAAAAUGAAUCUCUGUCAGAUGAUAAGAUAAAGAUCCCAAAGAAGGCUAAAUCCAGCCCAGCAGGCAGCACAACAGUUAAAGCAGUAGGUUCCGAUGGCUUGGCUGAUGGCAAUUCUCCAGGGCUUUCAAGCAUAACUGUGGAUAAUUCUGUUGAGUUCACUUAUGAAGAGCUGGCUCCUACGACUAAUGACCAGUAUUAUAUCCUGCAUACUUUUCAUAUAUGCCAAUCCUAAACACCGAGUCAUGAUUUCACUUCCCCAGUGGUACUUUUUGUGCUGUAACCUAUUCAGAAAGUGGCUAUCAAGAAAAUGGACAUGGAGGCUAUGACGGAGUUUCUAGCUGAAUUGAAGGUCUUGACAAAUGUUCAUCACCUGAACCUGUUGAAGGUUGGAGAUCAUCAAGAUUUGUUUCCUAAUAAGGGAAGGUGGAAUUUCAACCAGAAGGUGUUCGUUGAAUGAGUGGGAUUCAUCAAAGGACCUAGGUAGUCGGAUAAAGCCAUCAAGACAUCUAUAUUAAUAGUAGUAUUAGUUAAUAUUACUCAUUAACUAAUCCAUUUGCUUUCAUAUAUACACAUAAACACCAUAUAUAUAUACACACGUCAGUCAUGUCAUUGUUUAGCAUGACUGAUUUGUCGGUUUUAA